CGGCAACAGAAACGGCUCCAGGAUUGGAGCCGGAGCCGGAACCGGUGAAACAACGGCGUCGGAACCAUCAAAAAACGGCAAAACGGAACCGGUAACAAAACGGCCUUGUCGUUUCCAGGGCCCACUAAGCCCAGAAUUGAUUGCCCGUCGAAUCUACGGAUCACGGUGUGCAUGUUUCAUGGGCUCGACGAGCAAAUCCAUUCAGGGGUAGUUUUUGUUUCCUGUAGCCGAUCCCCUGCUCGAUCAUCAGCGAGGACGGGACGAAGAUACUGAAGCCGCUGGACCAGGGAACCGUGGAGGUGGACAACUACCGCGCGCUGGCGCGCACUCCCCUCGGCCGCGCCAGGGCCGCCGAGCGCAAAUGCACAUCUGCGCUGCACCUCUCGACGACGACGGCCGACGUCGCCGCCUCCGCCGACGACGACGACCGUCCCCUAGUUAUCUCAGAGGCGGAAAAGGUACCCAUACAGCUACCCUUCGCCCGUUUUCCCCGUUUUGGCCCCCCUGGGCGGCCCUCGUCGCCACCGCUGGAUUCUCCUCGAAAUCCUGAUCAGAACGCACCCCGGGAGAGGUCCGGGGAGUAGCGGUAUCGGUACCGUUUGGUCUCCCCACUGUCUUCAUCAGCCUCAAUAGCAUACAGUGGGGGCACGCAUCAAGAAACCAUCUGCUCUUCGUCAGGGUAUCAUCCUGGGCUUCUUCGCUCCGCGCGCUGCGCGACGACCUCCCGCAGCCGUUGGAGAAGCUGCUGCAUUCGGGGUGCUCCAGGUUUCCCCCCGUGAGCAUCUCGCGCACGGGGUUUCAGGGCUGGGUUUCUUGCGAGGGUUUCUUGCGGCCGCGUCCGCACUGUAGGGCUGAAUGCACCUGCCGUCCUGGCCUGUUCGGGGCGCGUGCACUGUGCAUGGACCGGAGACAGGAGCCAGGCUCUCUGAGGAGGACGAGGAGGACGGACCCCAUGGGGAGGAGCUGGACGAAAAGAAAGAUGAGCGAGUGAUGGCUGUUGUUUCAGCUCCAGUCCCUGCACCCUGGAGGUCUCCAAGGUCCAAGGCCCCAGAAUGCCAAGUAAAAGACAACACACAUUAGUUAAUCAACGAGCGAACUUAUCAAAUAAUCAUUCCCUCGAUCCUCGAGGAUCGAUGGCACAAGUUCCGAGUAGCAGGGGAAAGAGCAGCAUGAAGCUGUCAGCGCACGGUUUUUGCCAUUUCGGAGGCCCGUUUCUGCCGGGCUUCUACGGCGUCCGCUCGGUUGCAGGCUACGAGGUCGGCUUCAUGGUUAUGGACUCGGCGUAUGUUGGCAUGGAGCCACCUUUUGCGACCCUCGACAUAAAAGUGGGCAAGAAGACGUGGGAUGACCACGCCAAGCCAGAAAAGAUCGAGAAGGA